GGCUCAUCCGCGCACUUCUCGCGAGGCCGGAGGUAGUGCCGGGUCAGACAUGGCGGAAGAGGAGGUGGCCAAGUUGGAGAAGCACUUGAUGCUUCUACGGCAAGAGUAUGUCAAGCUGCAGAAGAAACUGGCAGAGACAGAGAAGAGAUGCAGUCUCUUGGCUGCGCAGGCGAACAAGGACAGCAGCAGCGAGUCCUUCAUCAGCCGCCUGCUGGCGAUUGUGGCGGACCUCUACGAGCAGGAGCAGUACAGUGAUUUGAAGAUAAAGGUUGGGGACAGGCACAUCAAUGCUCACAAGUUUGUCCUGGCAGCCCGCAGUGACAGCUGGAGUCUGGCUAACUUGUCUUCCACUAAGGAGCUGGACCUAUCAGAUGCUGACCCCGAGGUGACGAUGACAAUGCUUCGCUGGAUCUAUACGGACGAGUUGGAGUUCAGAGAGGAUGACGUGUUCCUGACGGAAUUGAUGAAACUAGCAAAUCGGUUUCAGCUGCAGCUCCUCAGGGAGAGGUGUGAGAAGGGUGUUAUGUCUCUAGUGAAUGUCAGGAACUGUAUUCGCUUCUACCAGACGGCAGAGGAACUGAAUGCCAGCACCCUGAUGAACUACUGUGCAGAAAUUAUUGCAAGUCACUGGGAUGACUUGAGAAAGGAGGAUUUCAGUAGCAUGAGUGCUCAGUUGUUAUACAAAAUGAUCAAAUCCAAGACAGAGUACCCUCUACAUAAAGCUAUCAAAGUGGAGAGAGAAGAUGUGGUCUUCCUGUAUCUGAUUGAAAUGGAUUCCCAGCUCCCUGGGAAGCUGAAUGAGGCGGAUCAUAAUGGAGAUCUGGCAUUAGAUCUAGCCCUUUCACGACGACUGGAGAGUAUUGCCACCACGCUGGUUAGCCACAAAGCUGAUGUGGACAUGGUGGACAAGCAUGGCUGGAGCUUGUUACACAAAGGAAUCCAAAGAGGAGACCUCUUUGCUGCCACUUUCCUCAUUAAGAACGGGGCCUUGGUUAAUGCUGCUACACUGGGUGCCCAGGAGACACCGCUGCACCUCGUGGCCUUGUACAGUUCAAAGAAACACUCAGCAGAUGUGAUGUCUGAGAUGGCGCAGAUUGCAGAGGCCCUCCUGCAGGCCGGCGCCAACCCCAACAUGCAGGACAGCAAGGGCAGGACUCCUUUACAUGUGUCCAUCAUGGCCAGGAACGAAUAUGUGUUCAAUCAGCUGCUGCAGUGUAAACAACUAGAUUUAGAGCUGAAAGACCACGAGGGCAGCACGGCUCUGUGGCUUGCCGUGCAGUACAUCACGGUGUCUUCUGACCAGUCUGUGAACCCCUUCGAAGAUGUCCCUGUGGUAAAUGGGACUUCAUUUGAUGAAAACAGUUUUGCAGCCAGACUCAUCCAGCGCGGCAGCCACACGGACGCACCUGACAUGGCAACAGGAAACUGCUUACUACAGCGGGCAGCUGGGGCAGGAAACGAGGCAGCAGCUCUUUUCCUGGCAACCAAUGGUGCCCAUGUGAACCACAGAAACAAGUGGGGAGAAACGCCGCUGCACACGGCGUGCAGGCAUGGUCUGGCCAACCUCACCGCAGAGCUCCUGCAGCAAGGUGCCAACCCAAACCUGCAGACGGAGGAGGCCCUGCCUUUGCCAAAGGAGUCUGUGUCCCCGACCAGCUUGGCGGACAGCGUCUAUCUGCAGACACCACUGCACAUGGCCAUCGCCUAUAAUCAUCCAGAUGUGGUGUCUGUCAUCCUGGAGCAGAAAGCCAAUGCUCUUCAUGCCACCAACAACUUGCAGAUUAUUCCGGACUUCAGCCUCAAAGAUUCCCGAGACCAGACCGUCCUGGGCCUGGCAUUGUGGACUGGCAUGCACACGAUCGCAGCCCAGCUGCUGGGCUCUGGGGCCUCCAUCAACGACACCAUGUCGGAUGGGCAGACCCUGCUGCACAUGGCCAUACAGCGGCAGGACAGCAAGAGCGCCCUCUUUCUCCUGGAGCACCAGGCAGAUAUUAAUGUCAGGACUCAAGACGGGGAGACGGCCCUCCAGCUGGCCAUCAGAAACCAGCUUCCGCUCGUAGUCGACGCAAUAUGCACCCGAGGAGCUGACAUGUCUGUGCCGGAUGAGAAGGGGAACCCUCCGUUGUGGCUUGCAUUGGCAGACAACCUGGAGGACAUCGCGUCCACUCUGGUCAGACACGGUUGUGAUGCGACAUGCUGGGGCCCCGGACCUGGCGGCUGCCUCCAGACACUCCUGCACAGAGCCAUUGAUGAAAACAACGAGCCCACCGCCUGCUUUCUUAUCCGCAGUGGCUGUGAUGUGAACAGUCCCAGGCAACCAGGUGCUAAUGGAGAAGGCGAGGAAGAGGCUAGAGAUGGGCAGACCCCUUUGCAUCUGGCAGCCUCUUGGGGCCUGGAAGAGACAGUCCAAUGUCUUCUGGAGUUUGGUGCCAAUGUGAAUGCGCAGGAUGCGGAAGGAAGAACACCCAUCCACGUGGCCAUCAGCAACCAGCACAGCACCAUCAUUCAGUUGUUGAUCUCUCACCCUGAUAUCCAUCUGAACAUCCGAGACAGGCAAGGGCUGACCCCGUUUGCCUGUGCCAUGACUUACAAGAACAACAAGGCAGCCGAGGCCAUUCUCAAACGAGAGUCCGGGGCUGCUGAGCAGGUGGAUAAUAAGGGUCGGAACUUCCUUCAUGUGGCAGUUCAGAAUUCUGAUAUUGAAAGUGUGCUGUUCCUGAUCAGUGUCCACGCUAAUGUGAAUUCAAGAGUCCAGGAUGCUUCCAAGUUGACUCCCUUGCAUCUUGCUGUCCAAGCAGGCUCAGAAAUUAUUGUCCGCAAUUUGCUUCUUGCAGGAGCCAAAGUGAACGAAUUAACCAAGCAUCGCCAGACUGCCCUCCAUCUGGCUGCUCAGCAGGACCUGCCUACUGUCUGCUCAGUCCUCCUGGAGAAUGGAGUGGACUUUGCUGCGGUGGAUGAGAAUGGAAACAAUGCUCUUCAUCUUGCUGUCAUGCACGGCCGGCUCAACAACAUCCGGGUUCUCCUGACAGAGUGCACAGUGGACGCUGAGGCCUUUAACCUCCGAGGCCAGUCACCGCUGCACAUCCUGGGGCAGUACGGCAGGGAGAACGCGGCGGCCAUCUUUGAGCUCUUCCUAGAGUGCAUGCCGGAGUACCCUCUGGAUAAGCCGGACGCGGAGGGCAGCACAGUGCUGCUCUUAGCGUACAUGAAAGGGAACGCCAACCUGUGCCGUGCCAUCGUCCGAGCUGGGGCUCGUCUUGGGGUGAAUAACAACCAGGGAGUCAACAUUUUCAACUACCAGGUUGCCACCAAGCAGCUUCUGUUUCGACUUUUAGAUAUGCUGUCCAAGGAGCCUCCGUGGUGUGACGGCUCCUUCUGCUACGAGUGCACUGCCAAGUUUGGAGUCACGACUCGCAAACACCACUGUCGUCACUGCGGACGUCUUCUUUGCCAUAAAUGCUCGACCAAGGAGAUUCCUAUCAUCAAGUUUGAUCUGAACAAGCCUGUGCGAGUUUGCAACAUUUGCUUUGAUGUGCUGACUCUGGGUGGGGUCUCUUAGUGAGCCCCCAGAGCGUCCAGGCCACGUUUUGGUGACCUUCCCAGCAGCUGCUCUGCUCACCAGCCUGACUUGCCCCCAGAGCAGGAGCUGGCAGUCGUCGUCCUGCAGCAAUAGACUGGAACAUUUAAGGACCAUGGUGUGAUAGAUCCCAUUUCCAGUGAUUCCAUAUGAUUGUCAGUGCGUGUGUCAGACUGUGAUCAGUUUCACUAGGUGUCUCACUGGACCAGGCCAUUUAGCCUAAGUGCUUAAUGUGAUUAGGAAUUAGACCCCUCCCCAUUCUGCUAGCAGCAUCCAAGGACACUUGGAAAAGCGUUUUCCCUUCCAGUAGCUUGGUGUCCAUCCCAGAGCAUUCAUGAAGUCUUCCUGCCUGGGCUGGCUGAGGCGGCAGAGCCUCACAGAGUAGGAAGCUGGCUGCCUAAUAGCUGGCCUCACUCUAGGGUAAGUGGCUGUGGACUUUUCUGCACAGUGUUUUCAUAAAGAUAACAGGAUCCUCUUGCCCUGAAGUCUUUUUUUCUUUUUAAGCUAAGCUGUUUUUAGUGAGCUACGCCUUUUAAAAAGGUGAAAUCUUUCUUAACAGGGUUCAAAGAUGAGAGCUGAAAAAUCGUGGCCUUACCAACUGAAAGCUUUACAGUGUUCAUGCUACGCAGGUGUCAGGGGUGCAGCCGGCUGCUUGACACCUCGUGGCAGCGUCUCAUUCUCUCGUCUUGCUGCGUCCUGUGUGGAGUCCUAGUCCCUCUGCCGCUGGAGUGGUGGAGGAAGCGCACUUUGUGCUGCCCUUUUAUAGAGCUGCGUUAUCGGUGAUCCCAAUCUAAAAAUCCCCGUUCAAAAAUACCCUCACACAUCCUUGCAUCAGUGACUCGAAUGAUCAGCUUUGACUGGACCUCAGCUCACACUAAUCUUUAAGGAAAAACUCUGUAGUGUCUUUUAGAGCAAGAGAUUCAUCCAGGCUGAGUGAUGAGGAGGAUCAAUAGGGCUUCAGCCCCAAGGGCGUCUCCAGCCUCAGGCCGGCAGGUCCUGUGUCCUUGACGCAAUGCUUCUUGCCAGAAUCCUCCCUCGUGAUGCUGCGAGUGCUGUUGACCCCAGUUCCAUGUAGCCUGCCCUGCCCUGUGAAGGGCCAGCAGCUCAGGGCCACGGCCACGUGCAUACCACCCCAUUUUUGGAAGUCUCUGGCUUGUGUGCUGGGUGAGGCCACCAGAACUUGCUAGGUCUUAGUCGCUGCUAGUACAUCUAUUAACCAUGAGCUGUUAAACUUCUCUUUUGAAGGUCUGGCCAGUUUCUAAAAAACACACAUUUAAAGAGAAACAGCUACCACUGCUUUAAAACAGAACAACUCUCGAGGUGAGCGCUGUGUGUUAUACUCGGAGAUCGAGUCUCAGCCAUACAUGCUGAUCCUCUCAGACAUUUAAUAACCACUACCUUUUUGCAUUAAUGAAGUUUGAAUAUGUGUGUUAAAGGGACUAAGUAUUUUUUGCAACAUCAUUGGUUUCUUUUCUGGGUACUAUGUCCUCUGUGUUGCUGUAGAUUUAUACAUUCUGUUGCCUAAAUGUGUCAAAGGAGCUGAUAAACUGGAGUGCUACUU